AUGUGCACCAACAUAGUUUACGAGUGGCUGAAAGCGCUGCAGCUCCCGCAGUACGCGGAGUCCUUCGUGGAUAACGGCUACGAUGACCUGGAGGUGUGCAAGCAGAUCGGGGACCCGGACCUGGACGCCAUCGGGGUGCUGGCGCCCGCGCACCGGCGUCGCAUCCUGGAGGCCGUGCGCCGGCUGCGGGAGCAGGACGCCGCCGCCGCCGGCCUCUACUUCACGCUGGAGCCGCAGCCGCCGCCCGCGCCACCCGGGCCGCCUUCGGUCGCCGUCCCCACUCGCCGCCGGGGGGAGCCUUGCGGCGGCCAGGCCCAGGGCCCCCGCGGGGAUCCCCGCAGCCUGACGACCGCCCCUCGCGGCAGGGAGCUGGUGAGCUACCCGAAACUGAAGCUGAAGAUCAUGAUCAGGGAUAAGCUCGUCCGCGACGGCAUCCACCUGAGCAAGCCCCCGUACUCCCGCAAGGUCCCAAUGGCUGGCAUCCUAGAGUUCUUAAUGAAUUGGCCGAAGUCAUCACAGAACCGCUAG